AAUAUUUAUAUUAAACCCUUCACAUUACUGUACCAUGUCAGGAAAAGGAAAAGUUCACGGUGGUAAGGGAAAGUCCUCAGAGUCCUCCAAGUCCUCCACAUCGCACUCUGCCAGAGCAGGGUUACAAUUCCCAGUUGGUAGAAUUAAGCGUUAUUUGAAGAGAACCGCACAAAAUAAGAUUAGAGUUGGUUCCAAGUCUGCCAUUUAUUUGACUGCUGUGUUGGAAUAUUUGACUGCCGAAGUAUUAGAAUUAGCUGGUAAUGCUGCCAAGGAUUUGAAGGUAAAGAGAAUUACUCCUAGACAUUUACAAUUGGCCAUCAGAGGUGAUGAAGAAUUGGACAAUUUGAUUAAGGCCACCAUUGCUUACGGUGGUGUUUUGCCACAUAUCAACAAGGCUCUUUUGUUGAAGGUAGAAAAGAAGAAGCAGAAAUAGUGUACUAUAUGUUUUAAUAUAAAGAAUUUAAGUA